AACAACAACGAAAGUUCCAUCAAUGUUUCAUCAAUGAUCCAAAAGAAUCUAGUCGAGUCGCCGCCUAUGAACGCCUUAAACUCCGCCUCAUUAUUAUCAUCAUUAUUUGGUAACUGUUCAGCAGCUGCUAUCGUUGCGGCUGCUGCUGCUGCUGCUGCUUCUGCUUCUGCUACGGCGACUGCUUCUGGUUCUGAUUCUGGUACUAUUUCUGGAACAACAGCGACAACAGCAACAACAGUGCCCAAAGAAAAGACCGAUCUGAAGAAAAAAACUACUAAAAAGAAAAUUAUAAAAAAUUUCCCAAAUAUUCUACAUCAUUCAUCAACGAUAAACGAUCAACGUCGGAUGACAAUUAUUUCAAAGAAUAAAUCUGAUCAUCAUCAGCAACAACAACAACAAUCAAUAUUGUUGAACGAUAAUUUUAAAACAUUGAAUUUAAAUUUAAAUUUGAAUUUAAUCAACAACAAUAGCAAUAACAAUAACGACGACAAAGACGACGAUAACGAUAGCAGAUCGAUAACAUCACCAGGUGAUGUUGUUGAUGAUGAAUUAAGUCCACAAGAUUUACGAUUACCAUCGGAUCAGAUUGUACAUGAAAUUGCUGUCGCUACAACACGUCCAAUUUCACCGAUACAAGACGAACCAGAUGAUGAUGAUAAUGUUUUAGUUAUUGAUUCGUUUCGAAUAUCGAAAACAAAUUUCAAUAGUAAUAAUAAAUCUAAAAUUCAAGAUAACGAAAACGACGACAACGAUAUAAUGAUUGAUGCAACGGAUUUUCGCAGUGUAAUUGCUGCAUCCACGACGGAUACCGGACAUCCACAUCAUCCAGCAUCAGCUACUGCUACAGCUCAUCAUCCAUAUCAUACACAUCAUCAUCAUGGCCAUCAAACAGUUCAUCCACAUCAUCCUCAUCAUCAUUCACAUCAUCAUUCAAUAGCUGGUGUUAAUGGGGGCACUAAUGGUGGUGUUGGCCAACAUCAUCCACAUCAAACAUUAAAUGGACGUAUGACACCCACCGGUUUUGUACAGGCAACCGGAUCAUAUGCAACAUUAACACCAUUACAGCCAUUACCACCGAUAUCAACAAUGUCGGAAAAAUUUCAACAUCAUUAUCAUGCUGCAGCGGCUGCUAGUGCACAUCAUCAUCAUCAUAAUACGGCUCAUUUACAUGGUCCACAUCAUCCUGGUGCAGGAUCACCUGCCGGUUUUACAACGGCUGCUGCAUUAAUGCAUCAUAUGCAUCAUCAUGGAAUGACACAAUUAGAAGCGGUUUCCGAACAACAACAACAGCAGCAACAACAACAACAACACCAGCAGCAUGCUCAACAACAAUACGCCCAACAAUAUUUAGCAUCAUCAUCAUCGUUGCAACGGAAUAUUCAACAACAACAACAACAACAACAAGCGACUGUUGUCGGAUCAAUGCUUGGAUCAUAUUCAUCUGUUGCCGGAUCAAAUUCACCGGUUGUUAGCCAUCAUCAUCAUAAUCAACAUGUAUCAGCAGCGGUUGCAGCUGCUGCUGCAGCUGCAAUGAUUAACGGUGGUAAUCCAUCGGUGAUAACAUCCGUAUCAUCGGCUGCAAAUGCUGCUGAUUUAAUUUUAGGUGGUGGUUCCGUUACCGGUGCCAGUGUUGGUGGUGGUGGUGGUGGCAGUUCAUUACAAUCACCAUCAGAUCGUGGUAGCAUCAGUUCACCAUGUAGUGGUGGUCCAUAUGAUUAUGCUGGAACAUUAAGAGAUAUGUCCAGUACGAUAACAUCGCCAUCACCAACGGCUCAUUCUUCAUCACCUAAUGGUAGUGGUAAUGGACGUGCUCAAUUACAUUCACCAAUAUCAACCAUGAACAAUAAUAAUAAUAAUAAUAAUAAUAUGGAUUCCGACAAUAAUGAAGAACACAGCCCCGGAAGUGUUAAUGGCCGUGGAAGUGGUCAACAUCAACAAUUAAAUUUAAAUACAUCAAGUCCAAGUCCACCACCAUUACCAAUACCUACUGUACCAUUGAUUAGUCAUCAUCAUCAAUUAUUACUUAAUCAUAAUCAUCAUCAUCAUCAUCAACAACAGCAACAACAGCAUCAACUUCAACUUCAACAUCAUCAUCAUCAUCAUCAUCCUCAUCAUUCGAAUAAUAUUGGUAAUACUCAUUCACAAUUGAUGGGUUCACCACCACCACCACCACCACCAUCUAGUUCCGGUUUCUCUUUACAUCAUCAUGCAGCAGCAGCAGCGGCAGCUGCAGCAGCUGCUGCUGCUGCAUCUAUUAUAUCACCAAUAAGUUCGGUUAGUGGUGGUAAAGAUAUUGAUGUAAUUGAUUCACAUCAUACACAUCAUGGAAAAUAUGGUUCUUCAUCAUCAAAUCAUAACGGUGGUGGUGAUGGUGGUAAUGUCGAAACAAAUUCAAUUGGUUCGGCUGCAUCGACAACAUCAUCCACUGAUGAUCAAGAAGAAAUCAAUACAAAAGAAUUGGCUCAACGUAUAUCGGCCGAAUUGAAACGUUAUAGUAUACCACAGGCAAUAUUUGCUCAACGUGUAUUAUGUCGAUCACAAGGAACAUUAUCCGAUCUAUUAAGAAAUCCAAAACCAUGGUCAAAAUUGAAAUCUGGUCGUGAAACUUUUCGUCGUAUGCAAAAAUGGUUAGAAGAACCAGAAUUUCAACGUAUGUCUGCAUUACGUUUGGCUGCUUGUAAACGUAAAGAAGAACAACAACAACAACAACAGCAACAACAACAACAACAACAACCUUGUGCAAUGGGUGGUAAUGGUACAAAUGGAAACAUGGCCAAUGGUUCGAUUUUAAAUAAUUCAUUAACAAUGAUUGGUGGUGGUCCAUUACAAUCAUCAAAUUCAUUAAUAGGUAUCCAUCCUCAUUCAUCAUCAUCAACAUCAUUAUCAUCAACAACAAUAACAGCAACAACAACAACAACAACGACAACAAUAUCAUCAUCGACAACAAAUAAUUCAAAUUAUAAAUCAUCACAUCAUCAUCAGCAACAACAACCACCGAAAAAACCACGUUUAGUUUUCACCGAUCUACAAAGACGUACAUUACAAGCAAUAUUUAAAGAAACAAAAAGACCAUCUAAAGAGAUGCAGAUUACAAUUUCACAACAAUUAGGUCUAGAAUUAUCAACAGUUGGAAAUUUUUUCAUGAAUGCACGUCGUCGUUCACAGGAUAAAUGGAUGGAAGAUCCACCACCAUCAUCAUCGGCAACAACAACAAAUAAUGGUAAUGGAUCAUCAUCAAAUGAAUCAACAGCAUCGAAUAAUACACAUAAUAAUAAUCAUAAUGAUGAAAAAUAA